GCGCCUUCCUCUUGAUACAGUCUGAAUUGCACAUUCAUGUCGUUGAGUCUCUACAAUUCACCAUCAAAAUAAGUACCCUCGUCAGCUUCUGGCCAUUUCAGCUUCAUGGCAACAGACAGGUCAGAAUGAGGCUUGAUUAAACCGCUUCCACUGCCAGAGAGAGAGAGAGCUCACACUUCGCGCUGGAGCGCACACACGCCACCAUGUUUCACCGACGAGGCACUUAUCUUCAACGACUCUCUAAAUUGUAUUCCGAUACCAAACAGUCCUACGAGACGGUAAAGGCCACGUCUAACAUCACCAUUGAUGAUCCCGCCGACGUUCGAGAUCUGAGAAAGGACUUUCAGAUCCAACAAGACCGUCUCCUGGCAUGGGGUAUGCAUUGGACCGAUGUGGGGACCCCAGGUCAGGGUGAUGUCGACAUCGAUAAGAAGAUUGACCAAGCUGGUCUUGGUGAGGUUGUCGCCAGUGUAAUGUCCGAGAUUAAACGCCUGCUCGAGGAAAGCGGCCGCCUCGAACACCCCGAAAAGUACGAACUGAAAAUGACUGGAAAGUCUAUGAGAGGUCCCGGGUCCCCCGUAGCGCAACGGAAAGACUGGACCGCCCAUGAAGUUCAAACCGGUCGAGCACUUCUAGAGCAACUCACUACUUGCAUCGAUGUCCUAUACAGCCUGUCAGAAUCCACCACGAAACCGGGCGACGAAAAGGGCGACCUUAAGCGAACGAUUCGGAAACAAGAUGAUUCAAACACCUCAGAAUAUGGUCACCUAUAUGAUCACCCACUCCACAUUGACUUCCAACACUUGGAUUUCAAUGCUUACUUCUCUGACGCCGCCGAACCUCCUCCGUAUGACCCAAGCGAAGGCCCUGCCCUGGUCCGAGAAAGGUCAAUCGCUUUCUACCGCACCGCUCGUCAACCUGUGCUUGUCGACUACCUCACCACAGACUGUCCGCCAUAUGUCAUUGGAACCGCUGAUGACAUCUUUGAGCUCCACGAACUGGGACAGAAACUAUGCAAGAACCGCAGUCUGUCUUGGGUCGGCCACCUCAGACUAUUGGGCUUUACUGUCGAUCCCAACACGCCUCGGUGCGGGAUAAUAUAUGGUUUGCCAAGUUUACAUGACCCAGAGAGCCUUCAACAACAGCGUACCCUUGGCGACGUCAUCUCUAAUGCGAACAACACAGAGUCAGCACAGCCAGCACUCGAAGAUCGCUUUCGACUCGCAUAUAACCUUGCGCUCUCCAUCAUGGGAUAUUUCUCUCAGGGAGAGACACACCAGUAUAUCAACAGUGCCAACAUCAUCAUCGCCGGUUCCAAAGCCCAAACCCACCGUUCGAGUACCUCCAAAGAGCUAAGAUCUCCAUACCUCCUCCAGUCGUGCCAAGACUUUGUCUCCCGAUUGCAAGAAGAAGAGCCUUUUGCUGCUAGCAUCUAUCGCCAUCCUGAACAUGACAUCCAUGCUGCUGAGACCGUACCAGCAUUUGACAUUUACAGCCUGGGACUGUUGCUGCUUGAAGUUGGUCUCUGGAUCCCCCUCACCAAGUUGUGGAAACCAAAAUACACCCGCACCAUUUUCAUGGAGCGAGUUCUUCACGUCUACUCACCAAAGUUGUCGUCCAAAUGUGGCACCAAAUACAUGCGAGUUGUCCAGAAAUGCUUGCAGGCCCCCGCGGAGCUGCAAUUCCGAAACAAUUACGAGGACGCCGGUGCGUUUCUUCUGCAGAUCGCCAAAGACCUCCAACAGUGUUGCGCCCUUGAUGAACAGGGGCCGCCUCCUACAUCCGAUAUCGAGGUCUUUGAACUCUUGAUCAUCGAGCAGAUGUGCAAGGCCGAAGAAAAUGCCGCUUUGGAGAAAGAAGAGCAACAGCAUUCACAGAUCCCUGACGAAAGCCAAGCUGCUCGCUUGCCACUGGAGGCAGCUCAGCCCAAGCACAAGGCUGAUCUGGCCCAAAAAGAGACUGCCGCAAGCCCCGUGACCAUGAAGAAAUGGCCCCAGGUCGAUAUUCCGCAAGAAGAUUUAGAUCAAUGGAACACGAAUCUGAUGCCGAAACUGGGGAAAAUCCUUAAUGCGGCCCUAAAGGACUCUUCUGAAUCAUGCAGCCUCAGUCUGAUGAUGUUUGGGAACGCCGCAGAGACUGCAAAAACCACAAUCUGUGUACAGUGCACCCAAAUCAACAAGGUACGCGAUGCUCUGAAGAAACGUUUCCGACCUAAAAAAGGCUGGGGUGUUGUCAUUCUCAGUGGAGAGGUCAGGAGGAGCGGAACCAGACGAAAUUCUAAGCGAUCAGCCUUCAGCUCAAAGUCCAAAGGUCGCAAGCCCACACCAUGCAAACCAAAGGAGCAGAAGUAUCAGGAAAGACCAGCGGCCGGUGCCAGCAUCGGCGCAUUCAAGGACUCUGAACAUCUCCCACCAGUCUCCUUUGGCGGAACGAUUCUUGUCGAUGGAGAUCCCUAUGGAAUGACUGUCCAUCACAUGUUGGAUGUACCCUCCGACGAUGAAUGUGACGAUGGUCAACCAAUUCGUUCGGAACACCCGAGGCGAGCAGCAGCUCCCUUGAAAAUUCCGGGGCAGUUCGACGCUGCAGCAGAUCUACGCUACAUGCAGUCCGAAGAAGACCUGUCACAAAGACUAUCAGAUUUUGAGAUUUCCGAUGAUGACUUCGAAGGCAGUGACGAUGAUGCAGAUUCUGGGUCUGAAUCCGACGCCAGCACCAUUCGACCAGAUUACGCAAUAAUGGAUGCCGAUGGAAAUGAGUUUUGGUUUUUGGAGGACUCCCCUCCUGGCCUCGAAGAUGACGAAGGAAGUGAAGAAGACGAUGAGGGCUCGAGCUCUGACGACGAUAUUGACGAUGCAGCCAGCAUCGGCGACAAGUGUGGCAUUGCACCCUACUCGGACGACGACUUCACCGUGACGCAGCCCGCAAUCGAUGAUGUCGACGACGAUUUCUUUCCCAGCGAAGAAGAUCGCGACGACGACCAUCUUGCAAGCCACUCUUUCGGAUACAUCUUCGCUACUAGUGGUAUUCGAAGAGUGGUUAGAGGCGAGAUGAAGCAUGAGGUCGAUUGGGCCUUGAUAAAAGUCAACCAGGAGCGCCUGAAGAUCGACAACACCAUGCGCGACGAGCUCUGUUCCACUGGCGAAACGCCGCAUUCUAGCAAUCUAUCGUCGCGUAGCAUUUCCCGCAAGCCCACUCCAGGGAUCCGACCCACGCAGAAACAGCUGCCUAGCCUCCCAGUCUUGACAUGUGUCACUCCAAUGACCCAACUGUCCGGUCUACAUGUCCACUGCCACGGACGUAGCAGUGGAUUCCGCAAAGGCAGGAUUAGCCAAGCCAUGGCCUUGGUCAAACUCCACGGGCGUUCCUCCUUCAGCACCUCUUGGUGCGUAGAAGGCGGGUUCGGCGUUCCCGGUGACAGCGGCGCAUGGGUCUACGAUCCCGUCAACGGGGCUUUGUGUGGUCACGUACUUGCGUGGGGCGACAGGAGCAAGACGGCAUACAUUGCACCGAUGGAAGUUCUUUUUGAAGACAUCAAGGGGAGACUGGGUGCUAGAACUGUGGAGCUUCCUGUUCCCGGAAGGGAAGGGAUAGGCUUUCGGAACAAACGUCUAGAGGAGGAAGAGGUUCCUGUCUCGAGAAAGCCAGCAGGUCCCGAGUCUGGCGACCUUGGAACCGAGUUGGCCAAGAAGCUGAGAGACUUGCAGAUGGACGGUGGGAGCAGCGGGAGUGGCGGUGGGAGUGGUCGAAGUGGCGACGAUAGAAGCCAACAGCAACAACGACAACACCAGCAAAGACAGCCAUACACAUCCCAUGCCACUCAAGCCGCAACUUCAUACCAUGUGGGGACCUCGGGUGGUCCCACUGGUAGCCGGCCUCCCUCGCAGGCGCGUAAGAAGCAGGAAAUAGUUGGUGUUCGACCAUUGUACCUCGCCGGCACGGUUUCUUGAUCCCUCGUCCUCUCGGACAUUGAAGGCAUCCGGUGCUGCGGGAAUGAACAUGAUUUUACAUUGUGAUAGGCGAACCAUUUUACGCGUUGAUCAGGCAUUACUUUCCUGACUUGGUGCUGUUUUCGUUCUCUAGCGGCUACAGUCUAUAUAUAUUGUGUAUAUAUGUAUGUGUUCGGGCAAUGCCAGUAGAGAAAUAUUGGCUUCACUUCUCGUGGCCGUUGCCACCAUAUGUUGUCCAUCCAAU